CGGUGGCCGAGGCCCAGGCGGCGGCCCAGGAGGCUGCGGACGGGGAGCGGCGGGAGCAGGCCCGGCCCGGCCCUCGAGCGGCCGCCCGGCUGCAGCAUGCGCGCCCGCCGGGGGCUGCUGCGGCUGCCGCGCCGCUCGCUGAUCGCCGCGCUCUUCUUCUUCUCGCUCUCGUCCUCGCUGCUCUACUUCGUCUAUGUGGCGCCCGGCAUAGUGAACACCUACCUCUUCAUGAUGCAGGCUCAAGGCAUUCUGAUCCGGGACAACGUUAGGACGAUUGGUGCUCAGGUUUACGAGCAGGUGCUUCGGAGUGCUUACGCCAAGAGGAACAGCAGUGUGAAUGACUCAGAUUAUCCUCUUGACUUGAACCACAGUGAGACCUUGCUACAAACCACAACAUUUCUUCCUGAAGACUUCACCUACUUUGCAAACCAUACCUGCCCUGAAAGGCUCCCUUCCAUGAAGGGCCCAAUAGACAUAAACAUGAGUGAAAUCAGCAUGGAUCACAUUCAUGAAAUCUUCUCCAAAGACCCAGCCAUCAAGCUCGGAGGUCACUGGAAGCCUUCUGAUUGCGUACCUCGAUGGAAGGUGGCAAUCCUCAUCCCCUUCCGGAACCGUCACGAGCACCUCCCGGUCCUGUUCAGACACCUGAUUCCCAUGCUUCAGCGCCAGCGCCUACGGUUUGCAUUUUAUGUGGUUGAACAAGUUGGUACCCAACCCUUUAAUCGAGCCAUGCUUUUCAACGUUGGUUUUCAAGAGGCAAUGAAGGACUUGGAUUGGGACUGUCUUAUUUUUCACGAUGUGGAUCAUAUACCAGAAAGUGAUCGCAACUAUUAUGGAUGUGGACAGAUGCCAAGGCACUUUGCAACUAAAUUGGAUAAGUAUAUGUAUCUGCUUCCUUACGCUGAGUUCUUUGGCGGAGUGAGCGGCUUAACGGUGGAACAGUUUCGGAAAAUCAAUGGCUUUCCCAAUGCUUUCUGGGGUUGGGGUGGAGAAGAUGACGACCUCUGGAACAGAGUACAGAAUGCAGGCUAUUCUGUGAGCCGGCCGGAGGGCGACACAGGAAAGUACAAGUCCAUCCCUCAUCACCAUCGAGGAGAAGUCCAGUUUCUUGGAAGGUACGCUCUGCUGAGGAAGUCAAAAGAACGGCAAGGGCUGGAUGGCCUCAACAACCUGAACUACUUUGCAAACAUCACAUACGACGCCUUGUAUAAAAACAUAACUGUGAACUUGACACCCGAGCUGGCUCAGGUGAAUGAGUACUGAGACGAGGAGAGAAUGUACAUUGGCUUCACCCACCGCCACCAAGAAAGCAGUCUGAUGCACGCCGCGGGGCUGCGCGGGGAGGGAGUAGAAACACGUUGAAUGCAGGAUCACAGGGUUUGAGCACACGCACAAAACGCCUCCGCUGGACCCACCCACCGCGACCGAGGAGUGAGCUCGGGACUUCCUUCAUCAGCACUGGCUUUCGGUUUUCCAAGACGGACGUCUGUCCUGCUGCUCUCUCCCGUCUCCCGCCCCCACGUCCUUAUCUCGGCCACAACCUCCAGGACCUGGGACGAGCUGUGAUUUGCCUUGGUCCUGCCAUGGAGCCUGUCCCUACAGAUGACCUUUGAACCUCUUGGCCUUCAGAGCAAUUGCUAGAGGCAAACCCACCACAGGGCAGCUGUGUUUUAGGAAGAGCAAAUGGAACUCCACACACCAUUCUUCUAUUAUCUCCGGUGUUCUCUUUGGUUUCAUUUUUUUUUAAAAAAAGAAAAUUACCUGCUUUGGGUGGGGAUUGAGGGUGGAGGGGAGGGACUUGGGACAGAUAAAUAGACCUAAAUAUAUAACAAUCGCUUCUUGAAGAAGUAAAUUGUAAAUAAGCCAUGUAAAAUGCCUUUUUUAAAUUUAAUUUUAUAGCUCGCUCCAAGUCAAACGAGGAUUUAUACAUUAGAUCACUUACUUGGUUGGCAAAUGCAGGAACUCAGUUAAAAUGUAAUUGAAGAAUAUCAUCUCCCAAAUUGUUGUCACUUUGGGAAGGGAGUUGGAUAUAGGGCAUGUCACAAAAGAACAAAAUAACCCAACCCUGGUAGCUGGCUGCUCUGCCCUCUUCCUUGUUCCACAAGUCCUGCUCUUGACUUUGCUGUGGAUUCUCUCUUCCCUCUGGGCCACGUGCACUCUGACCCCCAUCUUCUACCGAGCAGGAGGCUGCUGUUCUCCCUGCCCACCGCAGACCCUGCAGGGGCUCCCUGCACACUUCCCUGCUCUCUGGACUCGACUUUUUAUCCUUUCACCAUCAUACAGAGAGAGAGAGAGAGGAUGUUGUGUGUGGUCCUCCCCUUCCCCGCGAACUUCUUUCUCUUUUGAACUUGGCCACAGUUUCUGCAAGAUGUGCCUAAAUUACCAGCUGGUUUCCGUGAUUCCUCUUUCCCUUUUCGGUUUCUGGAGUGCUGCUUUGUCAACAUUAUUAACUAGUACAUAGAACUAAUGAGCAAUUGAAUCAGGAAGAAUUCAGCCAGGGAGCAGGUGGCACUUGAGUGUUGUGGGUGAGGUGGGGUUCAGGUAAGACCAGAUCAGAGUUUUGAGAUUAGACUGAUCAGAGCUCCAGAAUGCUGCAAGAGCCCAGGUGCUCUGCUGGUAUCCCGUAUUCUAAAUUGCAUUGGAAUUUGUGCCUCUUUGCUUUUCUUUUCCCUGAACCAAAGCCCUCCUAGUCCCUGUCGGCUUCUGCAGAACUCUGGAAAAUGCCACCUUUUUUCCCCUCCCUCUUUUCCAUAAAACAUAUUUAUAUAUUGUAAUUAGGAGUACUUUCUGAAGAGUACUUCGUAUUUUUUUUAAUUGCCUUGUUUGCCUUCAACUUCCUUAAUUUUCAUGGUUUACAUGGGUGUGUAUGUAGAGAUGCGUGUGUACAUACGUGUGGGUUGGGGCUUAUUCCGUUGCAUGUGUUGGUUCCGUGGACUUAUGAUCCCCACAGACCGUGGGUGUGAUUGGCCAGGCCUCAUUUUGUGUUCUUUUGAAGAAUAGAGUGGUAAUUAGAAAAUAAAUUGCAUUGCAAAGCUCUUAUCAGCUCAUAUGAGAGAGCAGGCUCCUGCCCUUGAAAAUGCUGGUGAGUUGUAUCAUACUUUAAAAGAAUUUUAAGCAGUUCAUGCUUUAAAGUAACUUCACGAGGGAACAUUACAGAAGUUCAUUCGGUUUUCCUUUGUUUUACGGUGCAUAUAGCAAUAAAGACACCCCCACCCCAGGCCUCCUUGCAGGCCGAGGCUCCCCUGCCCUCCUCGCUCCACUCUCCUUUCUCCUCGUGAAUGAGUUGCUUUCAGUGUGACAGCACUGUGAUGUCACUUGGAAGGGUUUGGCGGGACAGACUCAUUCUUGGUUAAGGGUGAUGCGUGCAUAUGCGGCAGUGUUGUAGAAUGAUCUUGUUUGAAGCUCUACGUUAACAUAAUUAGGCAAAAGCCUAACACUUGAUUUUAAAAAGAAAAUGCUAAUUUGAGAACAAAAGGAAAGGUUUCUUUUCACUGCUUAAAUUAGCAUCACUUUGAUUUCCCUUGCAGUCAUGUCUUAAGUUUGUUUUAUUAGUGUGGAGUCUCUCUCUUUUUAAAAAAA